CAACUGUUUCUUUCUUCUUCCAUUUUCUCUCUCAAUCUCUCUCAAUCUCUCUCAAUCUUCUGGUCUGGUCUCGUCUCUUUGAGAAUUUAGAAUCUGUUUUGGUUUAAUCCGAGGAAAAAACGAGAGAUGGGUUUCAUCUUCUCGACAGAGAAAGUUGUGUAUGUUCUUCUUCUCAUCUUCAUCUGCUUGGAAAAUUUCGGAUCAAAUGCUCAACUUUUGCCAGAUGAUGAAGUUCAAACAUUGCGAACGAUCUUUAGAAAGCUGCAAAACCAAACAGUGAACAUCGAAAGGACUUCUUGUUCGGACGGAAACUGGAACUUCACUGGCAGCUCAGCACCCAACCCACCAAGCAGUAACAUCACCUGCGACUGUACUUUUAACGCCAGCUCAGUCUGUCGUGUCACACGCAUACAGCUUAAAAGUUUCAGCUUGCCCGGCAUUUUCCCGCCUGAGUUCGGAAACCUCACGCGUCUUCAAGAGAUAGACCUUUCGCGGAACUUUCUCAAUGGAACAAUACCUGCGACAUUGUCUCAAAUUCCGCUUGAAAUCUUGUCUGUCACCGGAAACCGUCUCUCUGGACCAUUUCCUCCUCAACUAGGAGAGAUUACUACACUUACUGAUGUGAAUUUGGAAACUAAUUUAUUCACAGGACCACUUCCUUCAAACCUAGGGAACUUAAGAAGCUUGAAAAGAUUGCUUCUUUCUGCAAACAACUUUACGGGUCAAAUCCCUGAGUCCUUAAGCAAUCUCAAGAACUUGACUGAUUUUCGGAUUGAUGGAAACUCUCUCUCUGGGAAGAUACCUGAUUUUUUCGGAAACUGGACUCGGCUCGAUAGGCUACACCUUCAAGGCACAUCAAUGGAAGGUCCAAUUCCAGCUUCAAUAUCAAACUUGAAGAACUUGACUGAAUUGAGGAUAACAGAUUUGCGUGGACAGGCGGCCUCUUCUUUUCCGGACCUGCGAAAUAUAAUGAAUAUGGAACGAUUGGUACUAAGAAAUUGUUUGAUAAGAGGACCUAUCCCGGAAUACAUUGGUUCCAUGAGUAAUCUUAAGACACUAGAUUUAAGCUCAAACAUGCUAAAUGGUACAAUUCCAGACACAUUUCGAAGUCUGACCGCAUUCAAUUUUAUGUUUCUGAAUAAUAACUCAUUGACUGGUACAGUUCCUCAGUUCAUCAUCAACAGUAAAGAAAAUCUUGAUUUAUCUGACAACAAUUUCACUCAGCCACCUACUCUAAGCUGUAAUCAGCUUGAUGUAAACUUGAUCUCCAGCUACCCGUCAGUAACCGAUAACUCUGUUCAAUGGUGCUUGAGAGAGGAUCUUCCAUGUCCAGAAGAUGCUAAACAGUCUUUCCUGUUCAUCAAUUGUGGAGGAAGCAGACUCAAAAUUGAAAAAGACACUUAUACAGAUGACUUGAACAGUAGAGGACAAUCAACAUUUUCUUCUGUCUCUGAAAGAUGGGGAUACAGCAGUUCUGGAGUUUGGCUAGGCGAUGAGAAGGCCGGCUACUUAGCAACAGACGACAGAUUUAACUUGAUCAAUGAAUCAACUCCAGAGUAUUACAAAACAGCCCAUUUCAAGGUUGAUACAGGAAAACCAUUGUCCAAUGGAGCAGUUGCAGGCAUUGUAAUCGCAGCGUGUGCGGUUUUCGGGGUUCUGGUACUUAUAAUCCUCAGGCUUACAGGUUACUUAGGUGGAAAAGAAGUGGAUGAAAAUGAAGAGCUUCGGGGACUUGAUUUGCAGACAGGAUCGUUCACACUAAAACAAAUCAAACCUAAACUCAAUGAUGACGAGAAUACACAUAUCAGCACAAGGAUUGCAGGAACAAUAGGUUACAUGGCUCCUGAGUAUGCAAUGAGAGGUUACCUAACAGACAAAGCAGAUGUUUAUAGCUUCGGUGUUGUCUGUUUAGAGAUUGUUAGCGGAAAGAGCAACACAAAUUACAGACCAAAAGAAGAGUUUGUUUACCUUCUUGAUUGGGCAUAUGUCUUGCAAGAACAAGGGAGUCUUCUAGAACUCGUUGAUCCAGAUCUCGGAAAAAUCAAAGUCCAACCACCAUUGGUGAAACGUGAAGCUGAUCCAAGUGGUUCAGCUGCAAUGAGGUUUAAGGCCUUUGAGCUUUUGUCACAAGACAGCGAGUCACAAGUCUCGACAUUUGCAAGAAGCAGAGAGCAACACAUAAGCUCAUCAUCAAUGGACGGUCCUUGGGUUGAUUCUUCCUUCUCUGAGCCUAGCAAAGAUGUUAGCCUGCAACAGCAAGAAGAAGGACGUUCAUCAUCUUCGUCGAGGAAACUUUUAGAUGAUCUUACCGAUGUGAAGAUUGAGUAAUGAAUUGUAUAUCUUUCAGAUUCUUUUAUUCAAUCUACUUAAACAACAAUAUAUUAAAUAUACCCGC